CUCUAAUCAGACUAAUGGGAAUUGGGACAAUAGCAAGGACAUGAAAUAUUAAUGAGAUGGGCGCAAAGAUCCUGUUUGUUCAUCCAUCCUUAAAAUUACCAUGGCAACAAGAUAUACUCUGCUGGCACCUAUCUAGUCAGGCAAGAGGGUCUUACAAAAAUUCUUCAACAUCAAACAUCAAAAACUUUCAGUUGAUAGUGUCCUGUUUUGGAGUUUAAUAUUCACCCUCUGUUCAAGGAAAAACCAAACUGCUAUUGUUAGUUUGUGUUUUGAGUUUGAAGUUUAUUUUGGUGGUGCAUAGAGUGCCAUGUAGUUUUGCAUUGGUAGGUGCAUAAUGAGUUGCUAGAAACGUCACUGAAAUUCCAUCACAUGCAAGACUUUAUCAAGGUGCGCCACGGACGAAGAAACGAGCCAGCCACAUUUCCUUGGAAAAAAAUGUCCAUCUUUUGAGCAAACCGUUUCUUCCGUUGUGAAAGGAAACUUUACAGAGUGAUAAGUGAGCAGGGAGAGUUACCAAUGUCCAGGGGGGGAGUUAGGGGGACAACUUGUGGAAAGAUGGUUUGGCAUAGUUUCUUCAAGGCUGUGGUGGUCUUCUCUGUGGUAUGCUUGCUGGAGUCACCUUUGGCUGAAGGGAGACAAGGAUACAAUUUGCCUGACAAUGCUGGGACUGAAUUUCUCCUGGCAUUUCCAGCUGGCAUUACCAACAAGAAGGCACUGAUCAGGGCCACAUCCUACUUGGACACCACUGUUCAAAUCUUCGGAUUGAACGAUCAACAAAUAGGCAGCAAUAUUACACUUAGUUCUGCCGGUUUGGUGCAUGAGGAAACACUGAGUGAACCAGUCGUGUCCGGAUCAGGCAGGACGGGGCAGUUCAACAGCUGGCUCAUCAAGGCCAAUGACGAGAUCACGGUUUAUGGUCGGGGCAAUAAAGAUGGCUACAUGGCCCUGCCCACAGAUGUGCUGGGGAAAGAGUACUAUGUGGCCAGUUACCAAGGAAGUACUGGCAGGUCCAGAGUUGUGAUGAUUGGCGUACAUGACCGUACCAUGGUCAGGAUCACUCUGACUGCUGGAGUGACGUUUGAGGGGGCACAGGACCGCUCUGGAUCCCACACCUACAGUAGUGGACAGGAUAUCAUACUAGAGGUGCACAGAAUGGAAACGGUACAGUUUGUGGCUUCAACGACUGCAGGGGAUCUCACUGGAACAAGGGUCAUCUCUGACAAGCCGAUAGCAGUCCUGAGUGGUACUGAUGGUGCUGUGGUGGGUUCAGGAGAUGCAGGGUACAUGGUGGAGUACCUACCUCCUGUCUACACCUGGGGGAGCACCUUUGUGGUCAAACCACUCAAUGGAGGUACAGACAAAGUCAGGGUGAUUGCAUCACAACUCACUGACUACUCCAUAAACGGCGCAAACAGUGGUCCGAUCAGUGCAGGAUCAUUUGCAUCCAUUGAUGUUAGUGCUGUGACAGUCAUUCAAGCUGACUACCCAGUCCUGGUGGCUCAGUAUACCAAUGGGGGGAGUGGCCGUGCUCCAUCCAUGACAGUCAUCCCACCAGUGGAGCAGUACACAUCAGACUACGGUCUCGCUGCCAUCUCUGACUGGACCAACUCUGCCAUCCUUAGUGUAAGCACUGCACAGGAAACUGGUGUCAUGUCAGAGAUAACUACAGCUGUCUCUGGUUGGAGCCAAGAGUCAGGUUACUCAGCUACCACUAAGAACAUGAGUCCAGGUGCCACCACCGCCACCUUCCAGCACAACAGCCUUCAGGGAGCCUUUGGUGUGGUGCAGUAUGGGACGGCAGGAGGAGAGUCAUACAGCUACCCUGGGGGGCAAAGGUUUGCUCCCAUCAACCCCUGCGUUGUGUCAGCUGAUGACGGCCUCCAUGCCGAUGGUCUGGAUAAUGACUGUGAUGGGCUGGUGGAUGAAGGAGGGCCUGAGGACCGUGCCUACUCUCCUUUGCCUCCAGAUUUGUAUGUGGACCGGCACAGCACAACCGAACUUGACUUCUCCUGGCGAGGUUUCCGGAUGGCACGGGUCGCGAACUUUAAGCGGGAACUUGGCGAGGCUGGGACGCUCCCAACAGUUCCUAUGGCCGAUGUUGGUAGGAUUAUUAAGUCAGUGGAAUCCAACAACCUUUUCCCUGGGAGGAAGUAUGAGUUCAAGGUCAUUGCGGUGGAUGUGUCGGGAGCUGAGAGUGAACCAGCGAUCAUUGUGUUCCCAACUGAUCCUGAUCCACCGAACGAUCUCCUCCUCCUGUCAAUCACCCACAACUCCAUCUCACUUGACUGGAACCCGCCGGUUGUGGGCGGAGUCACCAAUUACGAAGUCACAUACACAAACAUCAUGGAUGGCCAGACUUUUACAACAUUAGUUCCGGGUGACCGCACCUCUGCCACGAUCUCUGGACUACAGCCGAUGACGGAGUAUCAGUUCACAGUGACAACCGUGUUCUUUGGGGUGUCAAGCGCAAGGUCAAGUCAGGAAGUAGCUGUGACAAAACUGGAACCACCAAUCAACAUGCAUGUUGAAAGCACCUCAACAACCUCCAGCUUCAUCACAGUCAGCCUGGACAGGGUGUCCGGUUCUGCCCCGCCCCUCACCAAGGCACUUCAGUUUGCCACCUACGAGAUUUCCUAUGGGAACUACACUGGGGACGCCAUACCCAAGCCUGGGGAGGGAGCAACGCCCUACAGGCCGUUCACCCCACCAAGUUUUGAAGCCACAGGGCUGUUGGCAGGAGCAAACUAUGUGAUGUAUGUGAGGUCAAACUAUGACGGGAACUCCAGCGAGCCUGUCAUUCUGCGGGAGUCAACAUUCCCCAACCCUCCCGCUGACCUCUGGGUGGAGUCCAGCGGCACCACUUACAUCGAGCUGGCCUGGGACCGCCCCACGUCCGGGAACCUGGAGGGCUACAUCAUCACCCAUGGCAUCGUGGGAAGGCCAACAUCCAAACAGUCACAGAUCAUCACAGACACCGGGAUGACCCUGAAUGGUCUCUCUGUGGAGCAUGAGUAUGAGAUCGCUGUCUCAGUGUACAGCAAUGGCAAGGAGAGUGAGGCAGUGACUUUGACAAAGCGCCCAUCUGUUGUACACGUGUGGAGCACCUGGUCGGCCUACAGCCCUUGUAGCCAGAGCUGUGGGGACGGGGUGAGGACCCGCACCAGGCAGUGCCACCACGUGGACGGGUCCCCCAGCAUCGAGUGUGAGGGUGCUGCUGGGAAGGCUCUCCAGACACAGGAGAUAGCCUGUGACUUGGACCACUGUCCAGUCCAUGGAGGCUGGACCAGCUGGGAGGCGUGGGGAGCCUGCAGCCAGUCGUGUGGAGCUGCAGUGCAGCAGCGUGUCCGCAGCUGUUCCGACCCCACCCCAGUGUUCGGUGGGAAAGGCUGUCCUGGGAGUCGCACCCAGCAGAGACAGUGUCAUCAGGACCCUUGUGCAGCCGAUGGGGAGUGGUCAGAAUGGAGGGAGUACUCUGAGUGCACCCUGGAGUGUGGGCGUGGCACGCAGCAGCGGACACGCGUCUGUCUCGGACAGGAGGGCACCGGCGCACCCUGCGAGGGGCCGGCGGUCGAGACUCGGCGCUGCAACGAGAUGCCUUGUCCAGCUGAUGGUCGCUGGUCUGAGUGGAGUGAGUGGGGACAGUGCAGCGUAUCAUGUGGCGGAGGGAUCGCCAACCGUACCAGAGCCUGCGAUAACCCCGCUCCUGGCUGGGGAGGCCGAGACUGUGAAGGGAACGACACAGAGAUACAGGGCUGUGGAUCUGAUCCUUGCCCUGGUGAGGUGUACUGGUCCACCUGGUCAGACUUCUCCCCCUGCCCUGCCACCUGCGGCAAUGCCACCCACAGCCGCACGAGGGCGUGCAUGAACGGUACAACAGUGGAGCCAGAGUCUGUCUGUAAUGGGACCACUGCCGACACACAGGACUGGAAGAUCUGCACCAACAACCCAUGCCCAGUUGACGGAGGCUGGGGAGCGUGGAUGGAGUGGUCACGUUGUACCAGGCGCUGUGGAGGGGGCACCAGGCAGCGAACUCGGAUCUGUAACAACCCAGCCCCAGAGUACGCGGGGCAGCGCUGUGAUGGGGACAGUGACGGCAGAGGCAUCCAAACUGUGACUGGGCAGUGCAAUGAGCACCUCUGCUCUAACAUGCCAAAAUGCAGGACGGUCCGUGGCCGCUGUGGUGUGGUGUGGAAUGAAGUAGAAGCAGAGGAAAUACAGAAUGUUUCCUGUGCAGAUCAAGAUGGUGUCUUUGGAACCCGGAAGUGUGGCAGGUAUGGCCACUGGGAGGAAGAGGAUUUCACCAGGUGCACCUCCCCAGCCAUGGAGGAGAUUUAUGGCAGGCUGAGUCAGAUUAACGGCAAGAUGAUGGCUGUGACUGACCUGGACGAGGAUCUGAAGCGCCUCCUAGCGGACCCCGGCUGCCUGCAGGCAGGAGACCUGCUCAAGGCCAAGCGUCUCCUGACCAGCCUCGUCCGCCUGAAACCGCUCCUGUACGAGGACGGCAGCCGAGCGAGACGCGAACAAUACAUUGAUGACAUGCUUGAGAUUGCCAGCCUGCUGUAUGGUAGACCCUACUUCGACCAGUGGGCUGACAUUCAAGAGACUGUAGGAAUCCAGGAGGUGACCAAUAUCACAGAUGUCCUGGAGGAGUUGUGUGACACUGUGCUGGAGUACAUGACAAACACCAGGGAAGAGAUGGUCUUGGCCAGGUCUUCAAACAUAGACAUGGAUAUUGAGAUGUACAAGACUUACCAACGAGAACCCUUCAGUUUCCCCAAGCACACCCGGGACACUCACGUCAUCCUCCCCAAGGCUCUGGUGGCCAGUGCCAUCCCUGGUCGACAGGAAGUCCCAGUGUGUGCCUUCGACCAUCACAACUUACAUCACCUGUUGGAACACCUGGCAGAGAGGAAUAACAAACACAUGACUACUCGGUACCAUCACGAGAGGGAGCUCAACAGUAAGGUUGUCACGGCGACCAUCAUCCCCACCCCGCCCGCACCACUGGCGAACAAAGUGGAGAUCCACUUCAGACACAGAUGGAGGGGACAGGACCCACUCUGUGUUUUCAUAGAUAAAGAUGACCCAUACAGCAUCUACAACCCAUCCGGCUGCAGUGUUGUGGAGACUACUGACUACUCCACAGUCUGCAGGUGUAACCACUUCAGCAGCUAUGCACUGCUCACCAAGCACUAUGUGGAGACUGUGAUCAACACAGUUUGGAUCAGCUGGCUGCCGCUGGCUGGCUCCAUCGUCUGUCUCAUCAGCACCUGCGCUGCCUUCCUGUCUCACCUCCUCCUCAGGAAGUACCUGUCCAACCGCUGCCUGGUGGCUGAGAAGUUCCUGGUCAUCCUGCUGAUGGCCAGCGCCAUCUUUGUCAGCGGUGUCAACGGAACCUUCCUCCCUGGCAGCCACAAGAUUUUCAUCUUUAUGGACACCUGCCAGUUCAAGGCCGUGAUGCUGCACUACCUGUUCCUGGCCACCUUCUCCUGGCUGAUGGUGGGCGCCCUGCAGCUGUACAUGGACUGCAUCAAGGCCACGCCCUGGUGGCUGCUCUACCACGUGAUUGGCUGGAUCCUCCCGCUCUUCAUCCAGGCCAUCACCAUCCCGUGGAAGUCAGACGUCUUCCUGGCCUCCAACUAUUGCUGGGUGUCCUGGGAGCAGGGGCUACACUGGUCCCUGUUUGUACCAGAGAUUGUCCUCUGCCUGAUCACAGUGGUGAUCAUCAGUAUCGCUGUGUACAUGGAGGACCAGCAGGCUCUGUUGGAGCCAGAGAAGUACACAGAGAGGAUGCACACCUACAUCUGGCGUAACAUCCUGCAGCUGCCGCUGUUUGUGCUCUCCUGGACGCUGGGCUUGGUUGCCAUGGAAACUGAGAACUAUGCCACCCAAGUUUUCUUUGGACUUUCUUUGAUGUUCUUGGGCCUGUUUGUGGCAGUUGUUUACAUCAUCCAGAACAGAGAGAUCCGCUAUGCAUAUUAUACUGUCAUCCACCUCUUGUACACGAAGUACCGUGGGUCCCGUCAGACCAGCCACUUCCCCAAGGCCUACAUUGAUCCCAAGAACCCACCAGUCUACAUCCCGUAGAUGUUGGAACUCAUCCCCAGCAACAUGAAUGAUCUCAUACUACUUUUUAGCACAGAACUAGGUUCUUUUCAAACUCACAUAGCUUUACUGUUUAUUUCCAAGUCCUUGUACAUAAACAGUUUUUUCCCUGGAUAGCAAAGUUAUGGAACUCUCUCGACGACACCUGUUUCCCUCCUGUCUACAACUUAUCAGCCUUCAAAACAAAUGUCCACCGCUACCUCCGUGCACAGUGGUCUUAUGAUAUUGCUUUGAAAAAAACAACAACAACUGGUUGAUCAAAAGUUGGGCCUGACAAUGUAUUUGAUAACACUUCUGUCCAUAAGGCACGCUGAUUGUGUUGACCAAUCAAAUGGUUUCCUAGUUUAACAUUACCUACCCAGAUUCCUCAAGAGUUAUGUUGCUGGUUCAUGAUAAAGUUAGCAUCAACAUAGGUCUUGCAUUUUGAGAGUCAAGUAUUUUCAAUGCAUUGAGGAGUUUCUUGUUUGAUAGGUGGACGUACAAAUGAAACAAAGCUUGUUUGUUCUAUAUAUGUAUGAAAUGUUUUAAAGUUUUAAAUGACAGUUUGAAUUAUCCCUGCAACAACUUGGCAAAUGUCAUUAUAUUGACAUGCUUUAUAUAGCACAGUGUAGAGAAACCUGAGUGCAUUAUUGCAGUUAAUACAGAAUGCGUGUUUAUAAUUUCUGACAAUUUAUUAUGUAGGUUUCAUGGUGAUACAUGCAUGUAAGAAGUGCACUGUUACAUGAGACUAAAUGCCUUUCUAGUUUAACUUAUGGAUUUGACUGCAUAGAUUUAGUUAUGGUCACUCUAUAUGAUAAUUCAAAAGUUGUUUAAUAUGUAAGAUACUUUUUCAAUGUGUGUUAAACUUUAAGUUAUUGUAUUUGUCAAGUCAAUGUGAAUCACAUGUGUCAUACUUUUAUUGAUUUCAGAUUGUCUAAAGUUUCUUUAUAUCAACAAUUUCACAUAGUAUAUAGCUUUUAGGGAAAAUAGUGUGCAACAGAGUGACAUAGAUGUAUCAGUAAUGUGUUAUUUAGUGCUGCUUAUGACAAACUACAAAAUGUAUAUGUAACAUAAUUAUGCACUUCGGCUACAGUAUGUUGGAAUGGAAUAGAAUGAUAUCUCUCACA